CAGCGAGAAAUUCGAUGUAUUUAUUGCCAUAGCCGUUGGUCGCUGCGCACCAAAGAAGUUUUCGGCGUCAUGUUGACUUCAGAAGAGAGUGCAUUUUAACUUGAUAUUAAUUGAUGACCAGCUGGAAUAACUUCAAACUUGCUAGCUAACAUACUUUAGGCCUAUAGUGAUUUGAACAGUUCAUGUUACUGUUUUGAAUUCGACUGAGCAUAAUUUACACAGGGCUCAUAGGUGUGGCACCUAAACCAGUAUUAUUGGCUCAUUAGUUUACUGGGGAAAGGUCAGCCUUAAUUAAUAUUUUUUAAAGUGAUUUAGGGACUGAAUGUGAGCCUGCUUUUUCAACGUAAAAUAUUUAAACAUUUUGUUGAAAAAUCGAUAACUUAUGUUUGGGACAAGGUAACGUAAAUUUUGAUUAGUCAGUUGAAGUCAAUAGUCAAGAACACUGUUUGUUCACAGAUGUCAUUGUGACAUCACAGGAGCUAUAACGGCAAAACCAAGUGUUUUUAAAGCGCGCUACUCUUGAAGAAAAUAACAGAUGUUGUAUUUUCAUUGGUGAGAGAACUGGACUAACGCAUGUGGACCGCAAUAUGGAUCGUUGGUAUUUGUGGGUAAGUUUUCCCUUAUUUGGCCAUGCUGCGCUCCUCUUAAGCGUAAUUGUGAUAUAUUACUGGAUCGUGUUUCAUUCUAGACGAUUACAUUUAUUCAUAUUGCCUGAUAUAUAACUAUACACUGACCCUUGGGGUCUGGGAGUAAUUGGUUGAUCUACGAAAUUAAGAUUAAUGCUAUAUUACGGAAUAAUUAAUGAUAUAACACUCUCAACGAUUCUCGGAGUAGAGUACGUUUUAGAAUAUUGAGUUUUAGAAUAUUGCGUCUUAGAAUGACGCACCAGCCAGAAUUCCCACGUAUGCAUGUAAUAUUUUAGCCCUUUUAACAGCAGACGGCGGUAUAGUGCAUAUUGGCUAAACUUGGUGCGUUAAUUGUUUGAUAUAGCCUAUUGAGAUAGGGAUAAACUGUUAUCCCCGACCUGAAAUUGGGUCUUAGACAACUAUAAUGCCUUUUAUUUACAAUAAAUAAAAUAACCAUUAUUCCAGUUUUGUCCAUUGCUUUCUCGACGUUUUACCAUGUCUGAAAGCAUAUAAAGUAUAACAUAUAGUGACUGAACGCGAAGUUAUAGAGCCCUUACAAAGAAUUAGUAAUUGCAGACAUUAAUUGCUAUUUAAGAUCAUUUGUGUUGUUCACAACCCGAACCCCCCGCCCCAGCUGUCUCAAUGUUAGUUAUAAAUGAUGAAUUUGUAAUAUGCAAUAGUACAUGAAAUAAGAACGGGGAUGGGGUGCCAGGCACACACAGUUUAUGGUACCAAGUCAAUGCUACGUUCUGCUAAGCUCUCGUCUCUUUUCUAGAGUCAGAUUUCCGAUUAUGUGAAGAAGAUAGAGGAAGUUGUGACGGUGGAGCGGGAAAUAUGGGAGAGGGAGGUGCGCAGCAUGGUGGAGGCGAGUAGAAGGGAGAAAGAGCAGAUGCGGAAAGCGAUGGACCACACCGUGAGAACACUGUUGGUCAGCAUGAAAACAGUGGAGGAGGAGAGGAGGAGGGAGGCAGCACUGAUGGAGAGAAACCGGGCGAAAACAGAGGAAGCCAUGCUAAUCGAGAUAAAGAGGUUGCAAGAGGAGAGAAGGACCGAGAAUGCACUGAUGGAGAAAGAGAAGGAGAGAAUGGUGCUGGCAACUCUGAUGGAGAAAAAGAAAGUUGAGGAGGAAAGAAGGGUAGAGCAGGCACACAUGGAGAUUCAGAGGGAGAAAACGGAGCAAGAAAUGUUGUGUGAAGUGACAGUGAAGAAGAGGUUGGCGGAGGAGAGGCUGACGGCAGAGCAGGUGCAGGCGGCGAAAGAGAGAGAGGAAACAGAAAACUUCCUGCUGAUGAAGUUGAAGCUGCUGGAGGAGGCAAGGAGGGCAGAGAGAGCACAGAUGGAGAAAGAGAUGGAGAAGAUGAACGAGCGGCUACUGAUAGAGCUGAAGAGACUGGAGGAGGAACGGAGGGCAGAAGUGGGACAGGCGGAGUUAAAGAAGGAGAAAAUGGCUGAGAACGUGCUGAUGGAGAUGAAGAAAGUGGAGGAGGAGAGGAGACAGGUGCAGGCGGAGAGAGGGAAGGAGAGAACCGAGGAGCCCGUCGAGCAGCCGGCGCUCACGGAAGCGAGAGCACUGGCUGAGGAGAGCAGGAGGGAAAAGCUGGAAGUUCAGAAGGAGAGGCAGAAACUGGAGAAGGAGAUGCUGUCGAGGGUGAUGGCCCUGGACGAGGCCCGCAAGAGAGAGAAGACACAGCUGGAGAAGGAGAGGCAGGCGAUGCAGGGCGCGGUGCUGCUGGAGAGGAAGAGGCUGAGCGAGGAGCGGAGCAGGGGCAAGGAGCUGAUGGACAGGGAGAAGAGAGAGCUGGAGGAGACGCUACUGGCAAAGAUGGAGAGAAUGGAGGCUGAGAUGAGGAGGGAGAAGGCCCUGGCGGAGAGCGAGAAGGGCAAGGCGAAGGACGCGACGCUGCUGGAGAUGGCUAGGCUGGAAAAGGAGGGCAGGAGGAAGAAGACGCAGAUGGAGCGGGAGGUGGAGAAGAUGAAGGAGGCCAUGUGUCUGGGAAUAAAGGCGCUGGAGGAGCAGAGGAGGUCAGAGAAGGCGCACUUUGAGAUGGAGAGGGAGAGCCUGCGCAACGCCGUGCUGAUGGAGAGGAGGAGCAUGGAGGAAGAGGGCAAGAAGGAGAAGGCGAGGAUGGCGAAGGAGACGGCCAAGAUGGAGGAGAUGGUGCUGAUGCAGAGAAAGAGACUGGCGGAGGAAAGGCGGACGCAGAGGGUGGAGGUGGAGAACGAGAUGGCGAGAAUGAAGGAGGCGAUGCUUGCGGAGAUAAAUGGGCUGAAGGAGCAGAGGGACAGGGAGGAGGUGAGGGAGAAGGCGGAUGAAAAAGAUUUGCUGCAGGGGUUGAUGGAGCAGGCGCAGAUGGAGGAGAGGGAGAAAAUGCAGGACACUCUGCUGCUGGAGAGGAAGAGGCUGGAGGACGAGUGGAGGAGAGAGAAGGCCCAGACGGAAAACGAGAGGACAAAGAUGGAGGAGGUGCUGCUGGCCGAGAGGAAGAGGAUGGAGGAGGAGAGAAGACGAGACAACGCGCUGAUGGAGGAGGAGAGGCAAAAAAUGAAGGAAGCAGUGCUAAUGGAGAUAAAGAGACUGGAGGAUGAAAGGAGGAGGGAGAGGGUGGAGAUGGCGAAGAGGAGCGAAAGGAUGGAGGAAGACAUACUGAUGGAGAGGAAGAGAUGGGAGGAUGAGAGGAAAGAGCAGGUGCUUGCGGAAAAAGAGAGCGUGGAACUUUGAGCAAAUAGAAGUGUUUAAUGAGAGACUUGAGAGAUUAAAAAUGAGAGUGACUGGAAGGGUGCACUUUUAAACUCGGUUCAUUCUCCAGCGUUCCUGAGGGACACACGCGUGCAAAACAGCUGUGCCACACGCACGCUUGUGCCGCACACACAAAGCACAGUGUGCGGCAAUAACAAAAAAUGAACAAUCAUUCACUAUUAGGUGACCGUUUGUGGUG